AUGCGACAACGCUGGUCGUUAGAAUUGUUAAAGGAUUAUGAUGUUACUAUUCUAUACCACCCAGGAAAGGCUAAUGUCGUGGCAGAUGCGCUGAGUAGAAAGUCUGUGGAGAACUUGGCCAUGGCGAUUACACAUCAACCGUCGUUGUGGAAUAAAAUACGGCGGUUUGAUCUUGAGGUUGUAGCUCCAGAGAUGCCAGCUAUUCUCGCCACUCUAGUUGUUCAACCGACUUUGUUGGAAAGAAUUAAAGAUCGACAAUCUUUAGAUCCAUAUCUCCAAAAGGUGUGGUGUGAGGUUGAGAGCGGGCGUGGUGAUGAUUUUACAAUGGGAUCUGACGGUGCACUUCGGUUUCGAAACCGUUGGCGCAUACCCAAAGACGAGGAGAUUCAGAGGGCUAUAUUGCAGGAAGCUCAUCAAUCGCCUUAUAGUGUAAAUCCAGGUGGCACUAAACUGUACAAGGAUCUUAAAGUACAUUAUUGGUUGCCUGGGAUGAAGAGGGACAUUGGACAGUUUGUGGCGCAGUGUCUGACCUGUCAGCAAGUUAAAGCUAAACGCUAA